GAAGGCCUCACACGUGUGUGUGUGUGUGUUUCAGAUGGUGACCCCCGGCGCUGGCGAGCACCCGCUGCAGUAUAACUACACGUUCUGGUACUCGCGCCGGACGCCCAGCAGACCAGCAAACACACAGAGCUACGAGCAGAACAUCAGACAGAUGGGGACAGUGGCGUCGGUGGAGCAGUUCUGGAAGUUCUACAGUCACCUGGUGCGACCCGGAGACCUGACGGGACACAGCGACUUCCACCUCUUCAAAGAGGGAAUCAAACCCAUGUGGGAGGUGAGAGUGUGAGUGUGUGAGAGUGUGAGUGAGUGAGUGUGUGUCAGUG